UUUUUCGGUCGCUCUUUCCUUUCUAUUCUUACAUUUUAACAUUUAUCAAAUAUAUUGUCACUUUUUCUGAAAUAUGGAAGUGAAGAAAGGGUCUACUUUACGACGUGGUGGAGCAGGUGGUCGUAGAACUGGUAGAACCAUCAACAAGAAAUCAGUAUACGAAUAUACAUUACGAUGUGCCAUCAGAGCUUUCCAUGAACAACUUCAACCAAAUGACAAGGAAGUAUCCAAUAAAAAGCAAGAUAGACAUACUUCUGUUCAUCUCAGUAGUGUAGGGGAUAUGUUUGGAAGUAUUACAGAUAGUGGCAACAGCAAACCUGAUAAAUUGACAAAAGAAGUAGUGCGAGGUCUGAUACGACGACUAGAAGAUAUCGUCUCUGGUGAAAAUACUGUGAAACCUGAAUAUCUUGACAAACGUUUCUUGACUGUGGUACGUCAGUUCCAAAAGGUACUUCAACAACAUCGAUACAAACCUACAGGUACAAUCAAUGACUUGGUGAUCAUCUUUUUGAAAACAAGUGAAGUCGAACUUAAACGGGAUAAUCCUAAUCCGGCGGUCUGGUAUGGUGAUCUCAAUCAAUAUAUUGCUCGUUUUGCUGAAUUGGUCAUUGCCACUGUGGAAGAAGAUGCUCCUCAAUUAGCUACUCCUGAACUAAUGGACAAACUCAAUGGUUUCUUGGGAUCUUCUAAAAGAUCAACUUCUGAUCAACGAAAUAACGACAAGUCAACUAUGGAUUCCUUUGAAGCUCUGGAAAAGUAUCCUAUGGUACAAACAGUCAAACUUGUUUUCGAUGUGGAUGAUUUGGAACAUCGCAAAAAGCUACGUGAACUAGAACCUCUUUGCUCGGAAUCGGCUCUUUUACUUGAUCUAAAGAAAUGUAUCAAUAAUGUCCAUACAAAUCAACCUUUUCCCGGUCGUAGGGAAGACUAUGCCUCACAGCAAGUAUAUGACAAUUGGCAAAAACGGGAAGUCAAGCAACUGACAGAAUUGAUGAAGUCACUCAUGUUGAUGAAUCCAAAUCUCUCCCUGGGUGCUGGUAGCGAAACUGAUGUUGGUAAAUCAAACUUAUUAUCAAACAACAAUCGAUCCUCUAUUCCAAAUGGAGAUGGUGACAAUCGACCUGAAAGUGCUUUUACCUAUAUUCCAAAUGAUCCACGCUCUUACUAUCGAUUACUUAUGGAUUUGUGCAUUGAAAAGGAUACAAGCUCAAACGCCGAAGCUGACCGUGCAAAAUCAAGUGUUCUUUCGCAGCAAUCGGAUGAACUAUUACGUGAAUGUUGGAAGACAUGGCGACUUUCUGCUCCUUACCGUGCUGUUCUUUAUUUGGAACUGGUCAAGACGAGAUUUGAAUAUGAACAAUUGGAUCAUGAUGAUGUGAAUGAUGCUACUCGAGCUUUGGAUAGGGUUAUCAAAGAAAAUGAUGUUAGUACAUGGGCUAUCAAUGAUCGUGAAAGUUUGAUUCGUGUCUUUGAAGGAUUGAACCAUACUCUGCUGCAUGAAUUGGCUGAUGCCUUGUCAACCUAUUGGAAAAUUAAUCCUCAGUGGAUUAGUGAUCUUAUUGCAAUGUUGGACAAAAUUUAUGAAAAUCCUGCAUAUCUCGAAGAUCAUGCCAAUCCUGUACAACAAUUACUCAACCUUGAAGAAGUAGUAGAGGGAGCCGCUGUAGAAAGAUGGAGACUUGUUGAACGAGAAGCUAAUAAUCAAGAAGAAGAUGAUCUGACGAACUUGCUGACUUUGGCUGACAAACUGAUCAAGGAAUAUGUUUCUCUCACCAACAAGAAAUUCAAAACACCUCUGAAAGAUAUUAUCAAUGUUCCUGGUAUCAUCAUGGCUCGGCAAAUGCCCUACUUUGCUUUAGAAAUCGAAAAUUGGUCCUAUAUGCCUGCUUGUAAAACUGCUCCUAUCGAAGUUACAUUUGAACUUUACAACAAAGUUCUUAGUUUGAAACGUCUGUAUGAUCAACAUGGCCCAAAAAACAAGACUGUAUUAUUCAAAGUGGAAUCUUGGUUCUUAUCUCAUGUCCGUCGCUGGUUAAUGACUACGAACGAUGCCACACUUGAAUGGGUAGAAAACGCUAUCAAACAAGAUGAGUUCACUCGAAUCAACGACACAACCUUGCAUUCAUCGUCUAUUGUGGAUCUUUUCAGUAUGUUUCAUCAAGCCGUUGACUUUGUUCAAAAUCUCCAAUGGCCCAACGAGCUCCAACAUUGUCGAUUUUUGACUGUAUUAUCUAAAAUCAUUGGAGUUGCACUUGAACAAUACACUUAUUCAAUUGAAAGCAUGAUUAUGGAUGAUAUUUUCCCUCAAUCGAACCGUGAUCAAGAAUCUCUAACAAGUUCUGCAACAUUUUUUGGCAAGGCCCAACAACUUAUUGGAAGUAGAUAUGGGAAGGAAUUGGAAACACCUCCAGAUUUUACAAAAGAGCUAUGUGUGAAAAUCAAUGACAUUGAAGCCGCCAGGUUACGAUUAGAUCGUUUGUAUGAAUUGGUGGAUGCGGAUGAUGUGGCAGAGUAUAUGCGAGAACACAGUGUGCCAGCUUCGGAGAAAGUGGAACAGAAAAACUAUUUGUACUCGGUCAAGGUGGUCCGUGCGGAAAAUUUGCCUCCUCUGGAUAAGAACGGUCUUAGUGAUCCUUAUGUAGUCCUAGAAUUCGGUGACAAGCAAUCAAGUAGAACAAAGACAGUAUAUGAAACACUCAAUCCUCGAUGGGAUCAAAUGUUUGAUAUUUGGCUGGACGAAAAAACGGUGGAUGUAUUAGCUGUUGUUUACGAUGAAGACUUGAUUGGUACUCAUGAUGAAUGUGGUGCUGUUUGGUUCCAAUUAUCUCCUCAAUACUUUGAUGACUAUCAGACUCACGAAUUGGUGUUGAAUCUUCAUCCUCAAGGCAAACUGGUUUUACGGGUCAGCAUGGAAGGUGAAAAGGAUGAUAUUCAAUUCUGGUUUGGGAAAGCAGUACGAACUUUGAAACGUGUUGAAAACGAUACAGCUGGUCUGAUUGUUGAUAGGAUGGGCAAAUAUAUGCGUCAACAUCUAUCGCGACGAACAUUGGACACAUUGUUGGGUCGAGAACGUAGUUUCUUUUCAGCCUUUAGCAAAGCAAAUACUCAAGUGGAACCUAGUUUACAAGAUUGUGAAGAUUGCAUUGCACCUGUACUAGAUUACCUGGAACGAAACCUUCAAAUCCUCAAUGACAACUUAUCAGAAACGAACAUGCAACUAGUGAUCAUGAAAAUAUGGAAGGAUAUCUUAUUAACCUUGGAAGGUAUUAUGCUUCCACCUUUGUCUGAACAUCAGUCUGAUAUGAUUCCUUUGGACGAAUACGAAAUGCAUGUGGUUUUCAAAUGGCUGGAAUUACUGAAGAUUCUAUUUAAUGGUGGUGAAGAUGGUGAUGCCGUUCCUUUGGAUCGACUUGAAAAUUCAAGUUAUCAUGCCCUUUUAGCAAUCAAUGCUGCUUAUGCUAUGGAAACUGAUAAACUGAUGGAAAUAUACAACACUGUUCUCAAGAAUCAGGUAGCAAUGAAAAUGCGUGGCGGAAGGAAAACUGAUCGAAGCAAGACUGUAUACCAAUCAAGACAUACCAUUGCCAAGAAACCCAAAUCUCAACGCAAAUCAGUGGCCAUGGAUCUUCCUAGUAGUGAAACCAUCUUACGAAUCCUAAGAAUGCGAAGUGGAAAACAUGUACGUGACUUUUUACAUACUGAAUUCGAAAGACGAAAUCAACCUCAACAACCUCAACAACAACAACAAUCCAGUCAUCCGUCUUCUCAAUUACUUGAUAUCCAAGAAGAAUCAUCUGCCAAUGAUGAUUCUCCCCCUUUUUUGAAAUAA